AUGGAAGGUAUUGACAACACUUCGGGUAAUGCUUCAUUGAAUGCUGUUGCUGGCACUUCAGAAAUGGUGGAUGAUGGUGAAACUACUGACAUAUGUCGAGUUUGUAGAAGUGCUGGUGAUAGUGCGCUAUAUUAUCCGUGUCUCUGCACGGGAAGCAUCAAAUAUGUUCAUCAGGAUUGUCUUCUAGAAUGGCUGAAAUAUAGCAAAAAGGAAGUUUGCGAAUUAUGUAGUCACAAAUAUUCUUUUCAACCUAUUUACCGAUCAGAUAUGCCUCAAACUUUACCACUUUCGGAAAUCAUACGAGGCAUUUUGUUUAACAUGGGGCGUAUAUUACGGUCUUGGGCAAUUUAUACGCUUGUGUUGGUUGCUUGGUUAGGUAUUGUACCAAUAACAGCUUGUCGCAUAUAUAGAAUAGUUUUUUCCGCUUCUUUGUCCAGUAUGCUAUCAUUGCCAUUUCAACUAUUCUCAUUAGACAAUUUGCUGGUCGAUUGUCUUAAAGGUUGCUUUAUUGUUUCGAUUUUUCUAUGCGCUUUUAUAUCACUUGUUUGGUUACGCGAGCAAAUUAUUCAUGGUGGUCCACAGGAAUGGCUUAACGUAGAAGACGUUGCUAGAGGCGCGAAUGCGGAGAAUGCGUUAGAUGGUAACAUUGAUGCUAUGGUUGGUGAAGCAAGGGCCGAAAUUGCUAAUAAUGAUAUGGAAGAAGGAGAAAUAGAAGAGCGAGGAGAUGAAGUGGAGCAAGGUCAAGAUAUCGCAGUUCAGGAUCAGGCUGAUAAUGACAACUGGAGAGAGUGGGAAAGAGUAGCGGAUGAAUUAACUUGGCAGAGGCUUCUUGGCUUAGAUGGAUCACUCUUGUUUCUUGAACAUGUUUUCUGGGUCAUUUCGCUGAAUACCUUAUUUACUGUAUUAUUUGCAUUCUUGCCUUAUCAACUUGGUCAUUUUUUUCUGAAAACUAUCGGGUUAGCAGCUCGAAUUGCGUAUUUUCCGACGCUUACAUCUGUGCUCCUCGGAUACUUCAUUCUUAGUUUAAUUGUUCGUUGUCUUCAUAUUACAGCGAAAAUCUCCAGAUUAGCUCCAAUGUAUCGAAUACUGGGAAUGUGUUAUCUUGUCCUGAAAGUUUUUCUCCUCGUACUGACCGAAAUUGGUUUCUUUCCGAUAAUAUGCGGUUGGUGGUUAGACAUCUGUUCGCUGCCUCUGUUUGCUUCAAGUUUGUCGCGCCGUAUGUCUUCGUUUAUGGUAUCACCAACAUCAUCUCUUUUCAUGCACUGGCUUAUUGGUAUGGUUUAUGUUUUCUAUUCGGCUUCUUUUGUGUUGGUUCUACGUGAAGUGCUUCGUCCAGGCGUCCUUUGGUUUUUAAGAAAUUUAAAUGAUCCAGAAUUCAACCCAAUUCAAGAGAUGAUUGAACUCCCGGUCUUACGACACCUAAGGCGACUUAUUGCAUCAACGUCAAUCUUCUUUACAACAAUUCUGCUUCUAGUUUAUGUUCCGCUUUGUUUCAUAACGCGCUAUAUACCAUCUGUACUGCCAUUCAAUUUGAGUUUGGCUGCCGAAACUCCUCUUAGCGAACUGUCCUUGGAACUACUUGUUUUACAGGUAGUACUUCCAGCUCUACUUGAACAGACUCACGCACGAACGAUCUUGAAGACAGUUGUACGCACUUGGUGUUGUAUUUUUGGCCGACUGCUUCAAUUAGAGCAUUAUUUGUUACCUAUGGAGGAAAACGAGAAUGAACGUCAGCGACGCGAACAACCACCAGCCCAACCAGUAGCUGGAUUAGGCUUGGCUGCUCAACAUCAAGCUUUACUUCUUGUUCGAGAACCACAGGGAUUUCAAGCCUAUAACAAACCGUCACAUUUUUCGCUUCGAGUUAUUGCUUUGCUCAUAGCUCUUUCACUUACGUCGAUGUUCACCAGUAUCAUGUUUUGCGUGAUACCGGUGACAUUUGGACGUUUUAUAGUGCACCGAAUAUCAGGUCAUACGAAUACCCACGAUUUAUACACAGUAGCGGCUGGACUGUACGGUUGCUGGAUCCUGCUGAAAUUAUUUUUCUUAGUUCUUGAAUAUGCUCCUCAAGGGACGUUCUUCUUAUUCUCAGCUUUUCGUAAUAUGGCACUUACAGCUGUUAAACUGUGUGCUGUAUCUGUUCCGAUUUUAAUAGUAAUACCACUUCUCGCUGGAAUAUCUUUCCAUCUAGCUGUAAUCAGUCCAAUACGUAAUGCACCAUACCAAACAUCACUUCUUUUUCCAUGGCAACACUGGGCAAUGGGUAUCCUGCAUUGUAAAAUAUUUUGUGCAGCUGUGAUGAUGGGGCCUAACUGGUGGAUGAAGCAUGUGUUUGAGCAGUUAUAUGCUGACGGCAUUCGUGGCUUGCGUGUUCAUUAUUUGUAUAAGCAGCUGGUUGCGCCAAUUCUUGCUUGCUUGUCAAUGUAUCUCUCGGCGCCACGUGUUGUCUGUUCAUUAAUUUCUAUGGCCAUAAAUGUUUCAAACGAAGAACAAAUUGUAUUUUUGCGUUAUUCAUACCCGGCUACGCUGCUCUGCGUGUUUUGCGUUUAUUUCGUUUAUUGGCAAUGCACAAAGCUUAAGGCUUUGGCGGAGAAAAUUCGAAAUGACAAGUAUUUGGUAGGAACUCAGUUAGUCAACUAUGAAAGAAAUCAGAUGGAAUUCAAUCACUAA